CAAUAUUUUACUCCCUCUAUCGCAUCAUGGGAAAUUGAGUUGGUUAAACAACCUAUCACUUCUAUCUUCAUUCUUCCUGCGAGUGGUCGGCUAGUUUUCGGCUCUGACCUAUUCCAACGAUCAAGGACAGAAGAGAAGGAGUAUCCGGUGGAAGAAACCAUGGCUACCGGUGAUCCUUGCACGGAAGUCAAAGACAGAUCCGCGAGCCCAGACCGAACUCUUAAACUCUGGACUUGCAGCUGGCAAAAAGAAGUCAUGGAUCUUCGUCAGUGGAGCGAUAUCUUGAAGUUUCGCAGGGCCAUUCUUCUCAUCGUCUUCGUCUAAAUAUUGCGGCUGAGGUUCUUCUCUGCUGCAGCACAUAUCUUGGUUACAGACUGCUCGACGUUCAUUGGAACGCAGAAGUUUGAGGGCAAUGUGAUUCCAGUUCUCAUCCGUUACCUUGAC